ACCGAGGGACUCACGAGAAGUGGUUUGUUUUUGGUCAGAAUCGAAAAAUAAAAACCUUCAUAAUGUGAAUUUCUAAUAUUAAUGCAGAUAUUUCCAGAGCGGAAGUUAAUGGACGAGUUUUCCGCCUCCAGAGAGAAUCACCCCAUGUUUCUUCGCCGGGUGAUCUCCGUCAGCUCCUCCGUCAGCUCCUCCUUCCUCCCCCACACCUCCUGUCGUCCUCUCAGCAGCUCCAGCCUCAGGAGCAGCAGCGCCUCCUUCACCUCCCGUCCCCAAUUUAUCCCCACGCCACAUCCAUGGUGGUCAGGGCGACCACCCUGGCCUCCAAGACCCCCCCUCGCCCACCCAACGGCACCUCAGGUUUUCCCUGGCAGGACCUUUUAUCCUCAUAACAUCAGCGGCAGCGGCGGUUGGCGUUCGUUCCACACAUCUGCCGGCCUCCUGAUGGAGCGGGCGGACAGAGAUCGAGAGCCUCCACAUAAACGGAGGAAGAGUGAAGAGGAGAAGAGGCGCUAUGAAGGAAGAGGAGGGCCAAGGGGAGGAGCAGGGGCAGCAGGAGGCGGAUUUAAUGAUGGAAACGCAAGGAGGGAGCGACAUCCCCUGGAUCCCAGCGAGGAGAGCCGCCCUCGACCGAACCAUCACUCUAGAGAGGGGGGUGGGGACAAAGGGAAGAACGGAGCUGGAAAAGGUGCGAGCCGGGAAAACAGCAGAGAUAAAGAUGCUGGAAAGACAAAAGCUGUGAAUAGAGACAGCACCGGUCAACAAAGGAGCAAACAUCAACAAGAAGGACAUAAAGAUUCUCGAGCUGCAGCUUCCAGGACUCAAACACCUCAAACUAAACCUAAACAAGGUGAAGUUCCCACAAACAAACCCAAACUCAACCACUGGUUCAAAGAGGGAGGUGCAAAGCAGCAGGGAGUCGAUCACAGGAGAACAACCCCCCCAGAGCAGCAGCUACGGGACGGAGGUGGAGGUCCUCGUCCCCACAACCCCUGGCAGAGAACUGGAGAUCAGACGCAACCUUCUCCACCCGGAACAUCUCCACCGGUCAGACACAAGGACGCAGCUGCACCAGUGACGUCUCUUCAGAGACACUGGGAGACUUCCCCUGCCUGCAGUACCUACCCUCAGCCACCAGGGGCCAGCACAGUCUUUGACUUCUCAGUAAUGAGCUACAACAUCCUGUCUCAGGAGCUGCUGCAGGACAACCCCUACCUGUACAAACACUGUGAGCCCGACGUCCUGCCGUGGGAGUACCGGCUGCCCAACCUGCUGGCAGAGAUUCAGCAGCACGACGCGGACAUUCUGUGUCUGCAAGAAGUCCAGGAGGACCACUAUGAAAACCAGAUCAAACCUGCACUGCAGGGGCUAGGUUACCAGUGUGAGUAUAAGAAGCGGACAGGAAGUAAACCAGACGGAUGUGCCGUCCUCUUCAAAUCAUCCCGCCUCUCCCUCGUCUCCUCCAAUCCCGUUGAGUUCUUCCGGCCCAGCGACGCCCUCCUCGACAGGGACAACGUGGGAUUGGUUGUGCUCCUGCGACCCAACAAUGUCGUCGGCAAGUCUGAUCCCUCCGGUUUCAUCUGCGUGGCCAACACCCACCUCCUCUACAACCCGCGCCGCGGGGACAUCAAGCUGGCUCAGCUCGCCAUCCUGUUGGCCGAGAUCCGCCGGCUGUCCCGCCUCCCUGACGGCUCAACCAAUCCGGUGGUGCUCUGCGGGGAUUUCAACUCAACACCCUUGAGUCCGCUCUACAGCUUCUUGACCACCGGCUGCCUGGACUACAGAGGACUCCAGAUCGGCAUGGUUUCUGGUCAGGAGAAAAGUCCCAGAGGUCAGCGUCUCCUCACGUCUCCGAUCUGGUCUCAGAGUUUAGGAAUCAACCCCCAGUGUCAGUACGAGAACAAACACACAACUGAGUCCUGCCCCGACAGCAGCAGUCCCACAGCUGUGGAAGGAGCCAUCUCUAAUCUGACUGUCCAAGAUCUCGUCAACAAAACUGCAGCUUCUGCUUUUAACAGAGCGAAGAUCGAGCACAGCCUGAAUCUGAAGUCGUCUUAUCAGCACCGCCUGAGGCAUGAUGGGAGACCUGAGAUCACCACCUGUCACUCCCGCACCGCCAUUACUGUGGACUACAUCCUGUUCACACCCGAAUUCCCCGCCUCUCCUUCAUCUCCCAGUGUCCGUGGCCUCCAGCUGCUGGGCAGACUGUCACUGGUCGGCCAGACCGAGCUGGAGGAAGUCAAUUCCCUCCCCAACCCGCGCCACUCGUCCGACCACCUCCCUCUCCUCGCUCGCUUCCGCUUUCGGCUCUGACCUGAGAAAUCAUCAGAACCGAUCAGAACUGUUCUCACGACGCGGCGUGAACAAGAGAAAGAAAUACAGUUUCCACCAGAAUCAAUGUGAAGCAUGUGCGACACGAGCAGUGUUUGGAUUGGUGAAUUCCUUUUAAUGCAGACAUUGUCACGUUGAAGAAGGAAGUUGAUCCACGCGGUGCCGGAAACUGCAGGAAAACACAACAUGAUGUUUAAGGACAAAAGCUUUUAAAUGAAAAAAUACAAAAAAUUGAUCUGUUUGAAUUUUGUUGAACAUUGAUGUUUCUAUUUUGAACAUUUAAAGUGUGGAUAAUUCUCUGGGUUCAAAACAAGUUUUAACUUUACACAGUUCUCAAAGUUGAAGGUUUGAGGUUUUACUUGAGGUUUAAUAUUAUAAAUAAUUUGUGUAGCUAAAGUACACUCAAAAUUUUUUCUUUCAUUAUGACUAAUAAUUGAUCAACAGUUAAAUGGAUUUAUUCACAUAUUUUGAAAAAACAUCACCAACAGAGACAAACAACAAGAAUGGAUAUAUUUUCGAUGUUUUGGAAAAAUCAUUCUUUUACAGUUUGUAAAUAAAAAAGACGUUUUUCUUA